AUGAAUCCCUCAGACCGUGAAGGCAGUGAUUUUUAUCAAUCUGAAGAAUUCUACGAUGAAUAUUCGCCCUCAAGCUUGGACUUCUCUAUCGCUGGACCCUCUGAGACAGGGAUUCCUACCCAAGGUUUCGUCGACGAGCGUAGCGCCGAGGGGCUCCCUAACUGGCUAUUAUCCGUGAUGGCCGCUUCUCAACCAGACAUCGGAUACCUCCGUACCGUAUCCAUGACUCAAACAGUAUCACAUGAUUGGGAUUCCGUGGACCUUUCUCCCCUUCCAGUCGCAGGCCCUAGUGAUUUGUUAUACCCGCCGCAACUUUCCCAAACGCAUCUUGACUUAUUAACCCAAGAAGAGAGUGGUGAAGUUGAGAGAGAAAAAAAGAGAAAGCGUGGUGGCGAGACGAAAUUUGCGAAUGGGAGCUCUGGGCACUUAAUUGGCCACACUCCUGUGCAGCGCAAGGUUACCACGAACUGGGCCCGCUUGUUAUCCAGUCCUACGACAGCCCCCUCUCAUGCUCAAGAUCCGCCCAUCAUUGGUGGGACAGAGAGGGUUCCCUUUGUGGAGGCCACAUGUGGCAAUAUCAAAGAUUUUAUCUUGCUGGUUGGGACCAGCAGUAAUUAUUGGGUAAAGCUAAUCGGUGCAAGAUUUGGUGGCAGCUGCAUGGCAGCUUACCGCCCAAAAUCAGCCGGCGGGGCGUGUGUUACAAAGGUGGAGUUGGCCUCGGGCCCAGUGGGACGAAAUUCAUCUGUGUGCCAUCUUGGUAGAGUCGAAGAACCACCUGCGUCAGCAAGUG